AUGCCCUCUCCUAAUGAUGCGAAGAAGACGCCGUGGUGGCCUCUCGCAAUUAAGAGCCAACACAUACACACUUGCAUCAGCCUCGUUUACAAACUGAUAACCACCCACACACGCGCAUUCCUCUUGUUCAUCCUCAUCCCCCUGGUUUCAGCCCAAGCACCCGUCUCAGAUCUCACACAAUAUCCCAGUGGUCUAGCCAGCAUCGCUGUAGUAUGCUACUAUGCUAUUGCUUCCGACAAGGACAAUCUUCCACACCGGAGACGGACAGCGGGAUUCGGAGCGGAAAAUCUUGCGAGAGAUCUUGCAUACGGACCGAGGAAGAAGAGAGAUGCAAAGAUCAAGGGGAUCACUUUCACGAGGAAGAAGGGCACAAGUCAAAGGACUGCUUGGCAGGUCAGGGUUGUUGGGGAUAAAGUCCGCCGGACUGAGAAGACUGUUCCGAUCCUCAACCGAACGCGUCUGCUUGAGAAGUACGUGGCGGCGCUCGGAGAUCUGUCCGAGGAGAGUCGAAAGGCUAUGCAAGUCCGAUCUGGUUUCAGGGAUAAAGGCAUGUGGCUGGUAGCAGCGGCAGCUUUCUAUCAAAUCGUCAAUGGGCUUGAGGAUGAUGAGGCUAAGGAGCUAUUGGAGCGUUGUGAGAGCUGCAAGAACGAUGAGAAGGAAAUGCGAAAGAUAUAUGAAAAGUUGAGGCUAUGCAUCGCAGAAAAAACCAACGCCGUCGAGAUGCCGGAUAUCUCCAAGAUCACUGGAAAACGAACGCCUGAGUUGAAGAAGUUAUAUGUUUCCGCCGAUACUUGGGAAGGGGGUGGGAGGCCAGCAUGGAUCAGCUGCGAUCAAUUUAUCAAAGUCUUUGGUCAUUGCGCUGGCUUUUCGUACGGCGAAUUGUUAGCUGCGGCUCAUUAUAAGCUCGAGGAUACUCCAUGGUCCGGAUGUUUGUACAUUGAAUUCCUGGAGGAACUCAACAACGCGGCUACUGAAGAUGAGAUUUCUGCUGCGAUGGCCAAAACACUCAAGGAAUGUGUCUUCUACGAGAGAGCAUGCGACGUACGUGUAUGGGGCCACCGCUUCGGAGAUUACAUGGCUUCACUGGUCUCCGGAUGUCUCAUCGCCUGUCUAGUCUCGCUCGGUUCGACGUGUGGCACUUGGGUAGCCGUCACUGCGUCUGCGGUUGCAGAUCCUAAACCUGUUAGUGGGCCUAGUUCAGCUGCAUGGGGCUAUCCUGUUCAACGUCUCGCUCACUUCGAAGCUCGCUCUCGGUCUAACUCUCCGCAGCCGAGAGGAUGUGUAUGUCUAAAGUCAACGUCGGCAUGGAAGAGUUUUAGAGGUGGCGUAGAGCAGGAUUGGUGCUAUCAAGUCGCUUCUGGACUUAUCAGUCUGGCUGUUCUUAUUGCUAAAUAUCCUCUUCGGUCUACGCUUGGUUUUGGUCCGUUCGCUGCGCCUCAGGUCUGGGUUACGUGGCUGGGCAUUGUAGCUGCGGGUUUGGGUACGCUUAUCACCAUUCAAAUACCAUUGUGGGCAAUCCGCGACGGCAGAAAGUGGAGCACUGUACACGGGCUGGUUCUACUUACUGCCGAAAUUACAACUUUCAUCUUAAGAGUGAUAUGGUUCACCAGACGAGAUACAGUAGAGAGCCAAGCUGUGAGAAGCUUCUGGAUGGCUGACGCUAUAGCAUGGUUUCAUAACGUGGUUGGUAGUUUGUUUAGUAUACAUCUAAACGAGAGUACGGAAUAUCCGGUUACAGGCUGGCUAUGGCCUACGACAUGGCUUUUGGCCGUGGCUACGGCUGGUGCUGGGGUUCCGAGGAAAUUACCCCCGGCGAAGUAA